AUGGCGCAACGAUUUUUACGGGAUAAACUUAGCAUUAGAGAUGUAAGAGCUGAAGCUCAUGCCUUAGCCUUAUCAGCAAAAAAUGCCAAUGCUGGUUCAUCACGUCUCUCUCGUCUUCGAACUAAUUGA